GAACUCGGUCUUAGCACACUUCGACGAGAGGCUGCCAGUGGUGCUGGCAUGCGACGCCUCUCCCUAUGGCAUCGGCGCUGUCCUGGGACACCAACUCCCGGAUGGAAGAGAGGUGCCGGUGGCAUACUUCUCCCAGACGCUUGCUGCAGCCGAACGAAACUACUCACAGAUUGACAAGGAGGGUCUGGCAAUCGUGAAGGGCGUAAAAAAAUUCCAUGAUUUCUUGUACGGGCGGCCCUUUACCAUAGUGACUGACCACAAGCCGUUGCUUGGCCUGUUUGCCCCUGAGAAGCAGACCCCCCAAGUGUUGUCUCCACGUGUCCUCAGGUGGUCAAUUUUCCUUGCCGGCUACCAGUAUGCACUAAUCCACCGCCCUGGGAAGGCGAUGGGCCACGCAGACGCCCUCAGCAGGCUACCACUACCAGAAACAGGCCCCGACCCAGCGCCUGCACAAGAGGUUAUGACCCUGGAGCUGCUUCCCGACCGACCCAUUCAGGCACAAGAAGUUGCGCACCAUUCCACAAAAGAUAGGGUCAUCUCCCGGGUCCUGGACUGGGUGUGGCGAGGAUGGCCCAGCAGCAGCCCCGGGCCAGAAUUCGCUGGCUACACAAACCGCAAACAUGAACUGUCGGCCCACAAGGGGUGCCUGUUAUGGGGAAGCAGGGUUGUUGUUCCCCAGCCCCUCCGCAAAAGGGUCCUCACAGCCCUACACGAGACACACCCAGGGGUAGUGAGGAUGAAGGCCCUUGCCAGGAGUUAUGUGUGGUGGCCGGGGAUUGACAGAGAGAUAGAGGCCUGGGUCCAACACUGCCAGACCUGCCAAGAAUCCCGCCCGGAUCCCCCAAGGGCCCCAGUCCAGCCCUGGGAGUCCGCCCGACAUCCAUGGUCACGCUUGCACGUGGACUUCGCUGGCCCCUUCCAGGGAAAAACAUUCUUCAUAGUGGUGGAUUCCUACACCAAAUGGCUGGAGGUCGCACUGGUACCAUCCACUUCUACGGCGGCAGCCAUCCGGGUACUACGUAAGCUGUUUGCGACCCACGGGCUCCCUGACACCCUCGUCUCGGACAAUGGAACCGCAUUCACGUCAGAGGAGUUCCAGACCUUCACAGCGCAGAACGCCAUCCGCCACAUCCGCUCAGCACCAUUCCACCCUGCCACCAAUGGCCAAGCGGAGCGCAUGGUGCGGACCACCAAGGACAGCCUCCGCCGCAUGACACAAGGGGACUGGGAAUACCGCCUUGCCGCAUUUCUUCUAGCACAGCACAGCACCCCAAGCACAACGACGGGCCGGAGCCCAGCUGAAUUACUAAUGGGCCGGCGCCUUGCAACUAGACUGGACCGACUUCACCCCGACAGAGCUCAGGAUGAGGUAGUGGUGGGGAAAGGCAGGAACCCCCGGACAUUUGUGGCCCAGGACCCAGUGUAUGCAAAGAAUUUUGGGGCAGGCCCAGCAUGGGUACCCGCCACAGUCACCAAGGUGACCGGUCCCGUGUCGUACGAGGUACUAACGGAAGGGGGGCAAUGUUGGCGCCGCCACUGCGACCAGCUACGGCGACGAUUCCCAGGAGGAACCCGGGAGGAGAGCGGGACAGAGGGGUCCCAAGGGGACAGCAGGGCAGUGAGGCCUGUAGAGCGAGAGGGGUGGGCAGGGGAAGCAGAAGCAGUAGGCACAGAGGGGCGCCCCGAGGCUGGAAGGACACCGGAACCAGAGCUACAACCUAGUGGUUCAGUGGCGCCAGACCAGACAGCCCCGGCACAGCCAGCAGCCUCGGAACACGAGCCAGAACCAGAACCCCUGACCAAGGAACACCCCAGGCCACAACGCACACGGAGGCGGCCAGCAGACCUUGGGGACUACGAAUGCAACUUCCCGGGCAGGACUGGAACUUAGAGGGGAGGGGUGUUAUGUACUGAGCUGAAUCCUAGAACAAUAGGAUUCAGAAUCAGCGGGAGCUACCCAAUCCAACUCCAGGUGGAAGUGAAUCCGCAACCUGAUUGGCCUGCUGGAGCAGCCAAUCAGGCGGCUGGCAGAAGUGAAUCUGCUACCUGAUUGGCCUGUAGGAGCAGCCAAUCAGGCUGCAGGCAGAAGUCAAUCCACAAUAUAAUUGGCCCACAGGUGUAGCCCUGAAGUAGCCAAUCACGCAAGGCCCAUUGUGUAAAUAAUGUAUAUAAGCAGAUGGUUUUGGGAAAAGAGCCAUUCGUCUUCUCUUCUCCUCCUUGAUGACUAUGAGCUGAAUAAAGAGCAUGAAAUUCA